UAUUUUGCAGCCCUAGUCUUUGUAAAUAAAUAAAGAAAAUACUUAAACCGAGCAUCAGAAUUUGAAAACGUCAGCAGGACCUGCUUACUGUUUAGCAUCAAAAACAAUUGAAUUAUAGAUGGAUCAGUUCACUCGGAGUUGGCCCCUAUUGACAGCAGCAAUGCUGCUGACGUUGUCGCUGUUGCCCCACAUUCAAAUUGACGCAGCGGCUCCCACUGCUGCAGAUAUCGCAAAUGCCAACACAGACGCAAGUCGAACCGUAAAAAAGGCACUGCCACCGGCUCCCCCGACUCAGGCACCAGAAACCGCAGUGCCACAGUCGCCAGCUGUGGUCGUGAUCAGUGAGAAGCCGCAGCAGCAAUUGAUUCCAAAAGCUGCCGAGCCAAAUGAUAAUCAGCCAGCUGCUGCUGCAGAGGAUGUGCUAAUUCAGCGCUCCAAAAUAGGCAAGGACGAUGAAUUUCCGGAUUCAUUUGCGGCCGUGUUUUACGUAAUGGUGGGCCUGACCAGCUCAGCCAUUCUGUUGCUGGUUGUACGUAUAUAUCGACUGCGCUUAUCACGCGCAGAACGAAAAUACGGCGUGCAAGGGGAUCGCGCCAAUCAGGAGUUGACUCCGCUGCCGAUGGCCAUUGAGGAUGUGAACAGCGACGAGGAUGAGGAUCAAACACUGUUCGAGGUCAACCGCCAAAGCAUACGCAUAUUAUGAAAUCCUUAACGGCGUACCGGCAAGCUGAGCAGAUCACUAAUGGAGGAUCUGUUGCUGUUGCUCCGACACAAACACACUGCAAUUCUCAUUUACGAAACUUGCCUUCUCAGUGUAACAAAUUGUAAUUUGUAACUGUCAUUUUUUCCUAGUUUAUCGUAGUUACUAACAAAUGCCUAAAGGUCUCGUUUUUGCCUUAUGUUGUAACAUAAGAUUUGUAUUUGCAUCUCUCUCAAAUAACAGUUGAAGUUCAAGUUGUAACGAAACGAAAAAAAAACAAAAACAUUUGUGAUACCAAAAUGAUAUGUAUGCAAUAAUAAUGCAUGCUAUCUUAAUAAGCGCUCUCAAUUUAUUUUCUAAACAUACCUAUAACAUACAAAAUACGCAAAUUUAUAUAAUAUAUAUAUAUAUAUGUAUAAAACGUGAAUAAAUGUUAACAGAAAUGAAAAACAAAAA